AUGCCCAGAAGAUGUUGCUGUAUUAUCCCAUUACGGGGAGGCGCUGUACUUCUCAGUAUUAUUAUCGCGGCUGUUUCAGCACUACUAGUUGCUCUCACGUUCACGCAUAUGAAUCCUAUGGUGAUGCAUCUUGAUGUGGUGCACCCUGUUCUUCCAUGGGUGGCUGUCAUUAUUUAUAUUGUUACCGGGGUGAUUGGUAUCUAUGGUAUCCUUGCAUCUGCCACGGGAAGUCUUGGAUUGAUGCGUUUAUAUAAGCUUGUCUUUUGGUUAUUCCUCGUGUUUAUCCUUACCAUCUGGGAGGCCGUCGAUUUUGUACUUGCACUUGUAAACCGAUCCAAGAGCCUGGAUGCUUGUAAUGAAGCCAACCCGGAUCAAGCGGAAGGUUCCGGCGACCAAUCUGUCAGUGUCGGUGAUUAUAAGGCAACCCUACUUGGUAUGCAGCUCGGCAACACAUAUGGUCUUGCAAAUUGUGCCCAAGCAGUACAAGCAGGUGUGAUUGGAUUAGCCAUCUUACUCUUUGUUGGCCAAUUGACGAUGUUCUAUUUCGCUACUGUGGUGGGAUCCUAUUCCAAAAAGCUGCGUGAACGUCAAUAUGGUCAUCGUAUUCGUGAUGAGGAUUGGUCUGAUAACUUGGAUGAUUUGGGUGCUGCCUACCGUGCUGAUGCCCAAAAUGCACAGCGAUAUCGAAUGAACCAGCUCAACAACAACAGCUCAGGGAACAAAUUUACGGCAGGCCUUAAAAAGUUCAAGCUAGGAAAGUGA